AUGGCCAGCAAUAGUUCACAGAGUAAUUUUCGCUCUCUACUGAGCACAUUUCGCUCCCCAAAUUGCAGGCCAACACGCCGCCUGGGAACUCUAGAGGCAGAUGGUAGCCCAAAAAAAAGGGGCCAUCGAAACCCACUUCUUCCCAACUAUGCAGAAUCAGGCGACCAACAACAGAUACCCCAUGCGGAAUCUCACAUGGUUGACGAUGAUAUACCCCUAGAUGCCUUUGAUAAAGAGUUACUUUCGCAAUUAGGUCAGGGGGUACCGAUGUAUGAAGUGAAGAAAAUGCCCCAUUCUGAGCCAUUUUCAACUCCUUUACACCGAGGACGCCCCACUGCUUUCAGUAGCUCAAAUACCCUUAUUACACCCCCAUUCCGACCAGUAGCCUCUAGUUCUUCGGAAUUAGAAUCACCUUUGAGCCUCUCCCUCGGUAUUGAAGGCAGUCAUGAAGGAAAACUUCAUGAGAGAGAGUUUGAUGUCCAUAAAAGCCCUCAUUGGCCAUCUGCAAGGGCUGUUGACUCUCCAAACUGUUUUUCACCUUUCCAAAGCCCAGCUAUGGCCAAAUCCCCUGAGAUUCAGUUAAAACAUGCACCGCCGAUGGUACAAGGCAUUAGACUUGUAUCAACCCGUGAACUCCCUGACCGGUUCCGAACUAUUUUCCCUUUCCCUGUCUUUAAUGCAAUCCAAUCCAAAACCUUUUCGAUAAUAUACCAUAGGGUUGAUAAUGUGGUCCUCUCUGCCCCCACGGGCAGCGGGAAAACGGUAAUCAUGGAAUUAGCUAUCUGCAAGCUUGUUUCUGAUCUCAAGGAUACUCGGUUUAAAGCUAUUUAUCUAGCGCCCACUAAAUCGUUAUGCUCGGAACGAUGUCGUGACUGGAGAACAAAAUUUGCCCCUCUGGACCUGCAGUGCGCCGAACUCACUGGAGAUACUGACCAAAUUCAAAUUAGGAAUGUCCAGCAGGCUAGCAUCAUCAUCACAACCCCUGAAAAGUGGGAUAGUAUGACAAGAAAAUGGAAAGAUCAUAUGAGGCUGAUGCAGCUUAUCAAGUUGGUCCUAAUUGAUGAGGUCCAUAUUUUGAAAGAAGUGCGUGGAGCUACUCUGGAGGCUAUAGUGUCUCGAAUGAAGUCAGUAAAUUCGAAUGUCCGGUUCGUGGCCUUAAGUGCAACAGUUCCAAAUUCGGAGGAUAUUGCAAGUUGGUUGGGGAAGGAUCCAACAAAUCAACAUCUCCCAGCUCACAGAGAGCGAUUUGGAGAAGAAUUCCGGCCUGUUAGGCUCCAGAAAUUUGUUUAUGGCUACCAGUCUAAUGGAAAUGAUUUUGCAUUUGACCGAGUUUGUGAAGCCAAACUUCCAGAUAUUCUGGCUAAACAUUCAUCCAAGAAACCAAUCUUAGUUUUCUGUUGUACACGAAACUCAGCCAUUACAACGUCGAAAAAUUUAGCAAAGUUAUGGUCCUCGGCUAAUCCACCUCAGAGGCUAUGGAGGAGCCCUACGAAACCAGUUCAAGUUCAGAAUGCCGAUUUAAGUGGUGUUGUUAUUACUGGGGUUGCAUUCCAUCAUGCAGGUCUUGACACCUCCGAUAGACAUGCGAUUGAGACCGGGUUUCUGAGUGGUCAAAUAAAUGUGAUAUGCUGCACUUCUACUUUGGCCGUUGGCGUAAAUUUACCUUGUCACCUGGUAGUGAUUAAAAACACGGUGUCCUGGCAAGAUGGUGGCUGUAGAGAGUAUGCAGAUCUGGAGAUGAUGCAGAUGCUCGGUAGGGCAGGGCGACCCCAAUUCGACGAUAGUGCUGUUGGGGUUAUUUUAACUCGAAAAGAGAGGGUAGCCCAUUAUGAAAAACUCGUUGCCGGCUCCGAGCCUCUUGAGAGUUGCUUACAUUUAAAUCUUAUAGAUCACCUCAAUGCGGAAAUAGGGCUCGGAACCGUUACAGACAUCGAGUCAGCAAUUAGGUGGCUACUAGGGACCUUCUUUUUUGUCAGACUACAACGAAACCCUACAUAUUACAAACUAAAAGAAGGAGGUAACAGAGCUGACGAAGAGGAAUUGCUACGACGGAUUUGCGAAAACGACUUAGAGCUUCUCCAGGAAAAUGAACUAGUCACUCUCGUGGCACCCCUCAAAUCUACUGAGCUUGGGGAUGCAAUGGCCCGGUACUAUGUAAAGUUCGAUACUAUGAGGCUAUUCUUAUCCCUUCCUCGUAAAGCAAAAAUGUCUGAAAUACUCUCCGUGAUUGCACAAGCCGACGAGUUUCGAGAUAUACGCUUAAAACCAGGUGAAAAAUCACUAUAUAAGGAAAUAAACAAAGGAAAUGGCAUCAAGUUCCCUAUGAAAACAGAUAUUAACCUCUCGGCCCAUAAAAUAACACUCCUCAUCCAAUCAGAAUUGGGUGCGGUAGAAUUUCCAUCCAACGAGCAAUAUCAAAAACACAGACUGUCCUUUCAACAAGAUAAAAGCAUGGUCUUCUCUCAUACAAACCGAAUUAUUCGCUGCAUCAUUGAUUGCCAACUAGCUCGGGGGGAUGCAGUAAGCGCGAGGCAUGCUCUCGAACUAUCUCGAAGCUUAGGAGCAAAGGCUUGGGAUGAUUCAGUAUUACAACUUAAGCAGAUUGAUCAAAUAGGGAUAGUAGCGGUUCGAAAGCUUGCCAGUGCUGGUAUCACAAAUAUGGAGCAGCUGGAGGCAGCAGAACCGCUGCGUAUAGAAACCCUACUGUCAAGAAAUCCUCCAUUUGGGAUGAAAUUACUUGCACGGGUGGCUGACUUUCCAAAGCCAAGAGUCUCCUUAAAAGAAGUUGGAAAAGACAUCAAACCCGGGAAAGCCCAUCGGGUUAAAUUUAGCGCGGAUAUUGGGUUUCUCAAUGAAAAAGUCCCUCUCUUUUUCCAGAAGCGGCAAAUUUAUGUAUGCUUUCUAGCAGAGGUCUCGGAUGGCCGCAUCAUCGAUUUUCGUCGUAUCCACUGGGACCAUGAGACAAGCAGAACUCCAGCUCACCCUCCCCAGGUCACUAUUCGCAUCAUGGGUUCUGAGAAAGUUGAUUUUGCUCCACCAGAAACCUUACUUCAACAGGAGGACCUUGAUAAUUUUAGUGACAAUCCACUUAAUUAUAGUGAUUUUAUUCCAGAAGUGACAAUUGGAUCCAUCCAGCGGUCUAUAUCCGCUAAGGUAAAAAAGACAAUAAGUAGGGGUAACAGCUCUGUGGCUUCUGAACCCGUACAGCUUGAUAAUGGGAAAUGGGCAUGUUAUCAUCGAUGCAAGGACAAAACAACGUGCAAACAUCUCUGUUGCAGAGAGGGUACUGAUCGUCCGCCGAAACUAAAUAAAAAGCAACUCACAGAGAUAUCUAGUCAAAAAACCCAGCCAGGUCAUGCUAGUCAGCCGCAUUCUAGGAUAGCCAAAGACAACAUCAAGCUAGAGCGCCAUGUUGAGAUAAUUGACCUUACGAAGCCGGAGUCAACUAAGGCCAAGGGAAUUUUGCAUAAGGAAGAGACAAGGAAUCCGUCAAGUAAACGUAGGGGUAGGAAUGCAACCCCUACGCCACAUAAUUCAUGCAAACGAAGAACUUGUUCUCCGCUCUCAGAUGACACAGUCGACCCACUACAACUCCCCUUUCCCGCGAGAAAAACGAGCACAACAAACCAUAACUUGUUAACAGUGGAUGGAUUCGGAGAUUUCGAAUCACUUAUGGGGGAUUUUGAGAGUUUUUCAUCAGAGGAUGAUUUUUCCGCUGAGAAAAGAAGAAGUCAGGGUUCUACCUGUGCCACAACAACCAAUGACAUGAUUUUUGAGGAAUUGGGGGACCUCUACGUGGAAGAGGAUACCAUGAGUUCUAAUGGCAUUGACUAUAACAGUUACCUGAACCACAAUCAUACAAAAAGGAGGAUGACCCCUAGUGAUAUCAUACCCUCCGAGAAGCUAGGGAAUAAACCGUGCAUUUCCUCCUUCCAAGGAAAUAGUCACGAGGAAAUUCCAGAAUCUAUACCCCAGAAUAUUAAAAGGAAGCUACUAUCUUUGCCCGCCAACUUAUCGCGGUGUGAUACAGAUAUAUCUUCUGUUGGCCAUAGGGAAGAAAACUGUUUUUCUUCUACUGCAGAGUCUUCUGUGACUGAGAAACGAAUAUUUGACCAUAGAACAUCUAGUGGGAAAGGAAAUCAAGAUGUCUUUCUAUGGACACCAUCUAAGAGGAGAAAGUCCGAUCCAGCUAUUACCCAAGCAUCUAUGCUUAAGGAGACUACUACUUACAAUUUCCAACGAAAACCAAAUAACCCACGAGCUAAAAACACUGAAGAGAAAAUCGACCCUUUACUACUUCAAGAAUUUGGGGCUGUUGCUGAAUUUUACUAG